UUUUAGUGAACUGCGCACACAGACAACAUCAUACUGUGUGUUUAUUUUUCGGGUGGGAGUUGGUUGAUCGCAAUAACCCUUUUGCACCACGUGAGCGGAAGUAUGUGACAUCAUCAAAACAGUGUACUCCUGGGUAGCGUCUGUUACCCUGUCUGGAUUACUACAUUUAGGGAUCGUUUGAAUUGCAAGCGUUAUGUUCCGUUUCAUGCGUAGAGUUUGUCGCUUUGACUGACCGCCCGGUAGCGAGUGCGACGACUUUGUUUAUUUCCCCGAUAGUCGUAUCGAAAACACUAUGGUUGAGCAGUCGGAUCGCGCUCCGCUGCUGGACUGGGAGGAGGUUCCCCCGGCCGAACUUGCCCCAGCGACUCCAUCACCGGAGACUGAGGAUUCAGUACAAUCCGGUCUGUGUAGUUACCCGACCGAGGGCGGAGUACGGGCAGAUAUCUCACGGAACGCAAGCCCGGCGAGACCGAACAGUGUAACAGCUGUUUCAGGUGAAAGUGCACACUCUCCCAAGAAACACAGCGGCCCGGGAGGAGAUGCUUCCGCCACUGAUGAAGAGGGAGACUGCACCUUUCACGGACUGUCAGUCAGGGAUCGGAGGAUCACUGGAUGGGAAGAAAAAGACCAAAUUGUUGCAGUGUUUGUUGUGACUUUCGACACUAGAUCUGGGAACAUGAUAGAAUGGUGCCUACCUCAAGAUGUGAAUCUGGAGGGAGUAGAGUUCAAGUCUAUGGCAAGCGGCUCUCAUCGGAUCUCAAGUGACUUCAUAUAUUUUCGUAAAGGCUGUUACUUUGGACUAGCGUGCUUUGCCAACAUGCCUGUGGAGAGUGAGCUGGAACGAGGAGCUCGGAUGAAAUCUGUAGGGAUUUUGUCUCCUUCUUACACACUGCUAUACCGUUACAUGCACUUCCUGGAAAAUCAAGUCCGGCACCAGUUGCAGUGUCCAGGUCAAUACUCGCCACUGGAAGCUUUCUAUGAGGAUAAAAAGGCAGUGUUGCCCCCGGGAGGGAACGGUUUGGUCACAGCCUGCCCGACCAGUGCUCUUGGGCCCAUAGUCAACCGCUGUAUGCAUCCAGAGAUGAAGAUUACACACCCGGCUGGCUGCAUGUCCCAGUUCAUCCGCUUCUUUGGAGAGCAGAUCAUGGUGCUGUGGAAGUUUGCUUUGCUCAGGAAACGCAUCCUCAUAUUCUCUCCUCCCCCUGUCGGUGUGGUCUGCUAUCGGGUGUACUGUUGCUGCUGCCUUGCUAAUGUAUCCAUUCCUGGGAUGGGCGUCUCUGUUCCGGAGUUCCGCCCUUUCUUCUACAUCAAUGUUGCUGACAUCUCCGCUCUUGAGACUGAGCUGUCUUACGUGGCCUGUACAACAGAGAAGAUCUUUGAGGAAAAGAAGGAGCUGUAUGAUGUCUACAUUGACAAUCAGAAUGUAAAGACACAUAGAGAGAGCCUCCAGCCUCUGCUUAGACUCAACAGUGCAGACCGAGAGAAGUAUCGCAAGCUCUGUGAGCAAAGGCAGUUGCUGCUGUACUCUCAGGAGGUGGAUGGAGACUGUACAUCUAAUGAGGAAGACCUCUUCAUUUUGUUCUUCAUGGAGCAAAACAACAGAAUCUUCCAGACCCUGUCUGAAGUGGCGGGGAGCGCCGAUCCUACCCUGACUGCUGAACAUGUGAGAGCCAUGGGGCUGGAUCCUCAGGGUGACCGCGGUUUUCUCGUCGACCUGCUGGAAAUCUACGGCAUCGACGUCAUGCUGGUUAUCGACAACCCCUGCUGCCCGAGCCAUUCCUGACCCAUCUGGACUGCACUGAUACUGCCAACACCAAAAGGUGCAAUCCGUCUGCAGGCUUUUUGUGCACUCUGCAGCCAGUAAAUCCAGUGAUGUCUUUCUUCUUGUCUGUCUAUCUAUGUGCUUAGUAUCCUUCCAGCCUUCUUGGAUUUCUACUCGACUUGUUUCCAAAACACGAUGAUCUCUGUGCCUCUCUCUACUGCUUUUUAUUGUGUGGUCUUCAGUUGUGACUUUGUUCUUCUAGCCAGUGCUGUCUGGGGGAACUGAUGUGAAAAUAAAUCUGCUUCACUUGGACACCAGAGAAUUGGAAAAAACGGUCCAUCGACGGGGCAACUCUCACUUCCCGGAUCCACAUAUUUUUGCUGGUUACAACGGUUUGGUAAAGUCUGCUUUGAAUGUCAUAUCUGUAUUUCUAAAACUUUUAUGGAUGUUGCAUAUUACACAGUACUGUGAUGGUGGAGAUUUUCGCAAUCUUUGCCACAUUUUUUGAACUUAAUCAUGUACAUGUAAACAGUCAUUUCAUUUUGGGAAAAAAACAGACAUCCGUCACUGUUUGUGUUGUGUUACUUGUGAUCUAUUGUGCAUGGACAAAUAGACACAAUCAGUUCACUACUGUAGUUUGGCACAGCGCUUAUUGAUGUACCUAUAUGGGAGUGAACAACAGCGUAGAAGGUUCUCAGUCAUUAUUUCCCUACCCGAAUGUUAUCUGAUGAAUGUGACUAUCAUUACAAUGCUGUCUACGCCAUUCUCUGUUCAAGCAUUUGCUGUUAUUACACCCACUAAACAGACUGAAAACUAUUGAAUUGAAGCAUAAAAUGUGUAUUUGUUCAUUCUGGACAGGCCUUUAAUCACUGUCUCUCUUGGUAUUGAAUGUAAAUUGUACAUUUAAUGCACAGUCUGAUGCACAUAUGAUUUAAACAGACACAGAAAUGUUACAUUCAGCUUUUUGAGUCCCUUAAUUUGCUCUAAAGAAAUGAAUGUGAUUCUAUUCCUGUCUGUAAUCAGUGAUUGCUCCUGGUUAUUACUUGUUAAAGACUUUGAAUAUGUAUAUA